AAAUAAGGUGAAGUACUGAAGGUUUCAUGUUUUAGUUGAUCAAAUCAAAAUUCAGUCGGAGUUCCUCAGGGAUCUGUCCUUGGUCCACUACUCUUUAUUAUGCUCAUAAUAUGUCUUAUAGAAACAGAUCAGAUUUUCGUUUAGAGUAGAAUAAAAACCUUUUAACGGUGUUUAGUAGUGUCACUAGUGAUCAUACAUUUAUACACGGAGCCGGGGGCAGGAGAUGGUUAGCCUGAAGCAGGGAUGUCCAACUGAUUGUGGAUUGUGGGCCACAUUCAGCCCGCUUUGGUCUUAAGUGUACCUGACCAGUGAAACGCCCCGCUCUGUCAGAGUAAAGAAGCUUAACUACAUGUGAAUCUCAAUAUAAGAAAGUGCAACUUCAACUCUGCGUCUCAGUUUUUCCAUAUAUAAUGUCAAAUGUCCUCAGUCCCAUCCUCUAUACCCUGUACGCCCACGACUGUGUCACCUCCAACAAAGAUAACAUCAUUUUGAAAUUCGUGGACGACACUGCAGUGAUCAGUCGCAUCACUGGAGGGGACGAAGUGGCUUACAAGAGAGGUGGCCAGUCUGGUGUCAUAGUGUGAGGACAACAACCUCACCCUCAACACUGAAAAGACAAAGGAGAUGAUAGUGGACACGAGGAAGAAGAGGAGGCCUCACCAGCCGCUGUUUAUCCGGGGCCUUGAAGUGGAGAGGGUGAGCAGUUUUAGAUACCUGGGCGUCUACAUCUCUGAGGACCUCACCUGGACACUGAACACCACACAGCUGGUCAAGAAGGCUCAGCAGCGGCUGUAUUUCCUGAGGAGGCUGAGGAAAUUUGGUAUAUCGGCCAAGAUCCUCAGCAGGUUCUACAGCUGCAUUGUGGAGAGCACACUGACCAGCUGCAUCACUGCAUGGUACGGCAGCACUACUGCCAUGGACCGCAAACACCUGCAGAGAGUGAUAACAACUGCAGGGAAGAUAGUCAGGACUCCGCUGCCCUCUCUGCAGAGCAUCUACCAUCGCAGAGUCCAAAGGAGAGCUGCCUCCAUCCUCAAAGACCCCCCACAUCCCCAACACGGACUGUUCACGCUUCUGCCCUCAGGACAGAGGUUUAGAAGUGUGAAAUCCUUCAACUCCUUCUUCCCCACUGCGAUCAGACUCUUGAACAAGCUGACCUAUUUCACACUUCACUAUAUUGUCUCCUUUUCUGUCUUUAUUUAUUUAUUUGUACUAUUUGUAUUUAUCUGUUCUAUUUCUAUUGUAUAUAUUAAUCGGUAUCUGUGGGUGGACAGCAAAGAUGAAGACAAAUACCUUUUGUCUUUGGACACAUAGCAAUAAACACGUAAACAAGUAAGCAGAUAUACCAAAACUGCAAAGUGUUUCUUUAAAGUCGUUUUGAGCUUUGUUGUCGACGUGAUGGAAGCAAACCUCCAGUUCUACUGUCCUCUUUGUUUAAGUUAAACAGCGUGCAUAUUAGCUCUGCAGCCACGAAACAUUAAACAACACUCUUCAUCUUUCAGCCUGGCGUGUUCUGUGAAAGGUUUGUGAGAAACUUUCUUUCUCAAACCUGUUUGUGUCUGCUAGAUAAGGAUGUUCAGUGUGUCCAAAGUCAUCUUCUGUUUACAUCUAUGUCCCGUUUGCUGUCUGAUUUUAGAAUGUUCUCUACAGUCAGGUUAAAAUAUCUCAAAUACUGAUAAUCUCAGUCAUCAAGGACACACAGUGCUGCUAUUUUGGCAGAAAGGGGACCCCAGGUGGUGAGAAUGGGAGGUCCGAGGAUGUAACUCCCAUCCUGUGAGAGAUCUGACCACACAGACGCACGCGCAGACACUGCAAACAUGUUGAGUCUGCUCGUUCUUUACAGCGAGGCGCUGACGCUCUGCUGGACCCUGCAACCGGCCCAGGACCCCACAGUAACCGAGUACUCACUCCCAUCAGCGAAGACCCCAUCAUCACCAUCAUCAGCAGCAGCAGCAGCGCCUCAUGCUGCACCAUGCUUCGUGGAGGACAUCUUUGCAGCGUUGCGUGAGGGUGUGGGGGACAGCGGCGAACUGACAAACAGCAGUUUGGUUCUGUUUGGAUUCUGCUCACAGUCUGCCCACUCAUCAGCCUCGGUCUCGUUAGACCUCGCUAACAAGAAGAGCAGCUUGGAGGUUCUGCACCCAGCUGCAGUACAUGUAUCAGACGAAGAGGAGCAAGGAACAAUCACGCUGACCUUUGACCUCCCACGGUCUCCUUCGCUCAUGACGAACCCCGUGCUGCUCUUGGCCUUUGAAAGUCCACUGGCACGAGGAGACCUGGAAGUUGCUUUCACUAGUCGGUCUCUGCAGCCAAACACGCAGGCUGUGUGCAUUUCAGGAGACACGCAGUAUGUACUGCUGACAGGAAAAUCAUCAGAGGGGAGCGUUAAUGACAGGUGGCAGAUUACUGCUGAGACAAAACCCCCUCAUAUGAAACAAAACCUAAAAAGCAUCUUGAUUGGUGAAAAAUCAGGAAGUAACAUCAGCAUGAGUCCACUUCUGUUUUUCUCCGGGGGAACGGGAACUGAUACGAGAUGUGCUUCGGGCUCGCCCCCGGCAUCUCUGCAAACCUCCUUCCUUUGUGAGAUGAAACGCUUCCUGGGUGGUGUUCUGCCUCAGGAACACUUCGCAUCCCCUCCACUUCCUCUGGACUCCUUACAGUCUCUGCCUCCCCUCUCGCUUGGCUUAUCCUCCAGCGAGACCCUGCUGGCAGUAAUGAUCAACUCCACAGCUCCCACAGUCUUUGGCUUCACGAGCUGGAGCUCUGUGUUGCCGGUGUGCCACGGAGAGCUGGCCCUGUCUGCUGCACUGUUAGAGGAGCUCAGACAGAAACUGGACCAGACUUUGGUGCAAAUGACAGAUAUAAUCAGAGAGGAAGAGGUUUCACCGGGAGCCAAGGAGAGCCUGGGGAGGCUCAAAGAACUGAGUGCGUUACAGAAGAAAGAACAUGCCACAGGAGGGAGUCAGUUCCGUGCGUUUCUUCUGCUGAAGGGUCUGCAGACGGUGGCCCAAACGUACGACGCGCAAAGAAAACUGCGGGCCACCAGAGCAGACCCCAGUUCGUCAGUGAGGGGCAGCGUCUGUGGGCUGAGGGCUCUCACCGUGUCCCUGACGAAGCUUCUUGUCGGCCCAAGCAGCGCAAACAUUAACAAUUGCCACGGCUCCUGCGCGUUCCCUCUGACCAACGGCAACAACCACGCCAUCCUGCUCAACUCCCACAUCGAGAGCGGCAACGCGGAUGAGCGUUCGCCCUGCUGCGUGCCCGUGGCCUACGAAGCUCUGGAGGUGGUGGACUGGAACGCAGAUGGGACCUUCAUCUCAAUCAAGCCAGAUGCGGUUGCGAGAGAGUGUGGAUGCCGCUAGAGCUG